UGUCUCUGCAAGUCUGCGCAGUUUACGAGCAAUGUCGUAUCGUGCGCUCCGCAACGAAGAUUCUAGAUUCACUGGAUAUUUCCUACUAGCCUCUCGCUCUGUCCGCGAACUACUUUAUAAUCUGGCUGGCCCCGAUUACCAGCAGAUUGUGAUGCAGUUGCUAUCAGGAAACGUCUUAUCAUUCAACUCGCUCAUCGAGGUCGAUGAAGCCAUCAAAAAGCUCAACAAACAUAGAACGGUAGUGCCAGGAGAAAAAAAUCCAGAGAAGCAGAAGAGGCGGCUCGAUUUGCGAAAACUGGCCCGUUUUCAAGUUCAAGUUCAAGAUUCCACACAUUAUAGAAUUGUCUGCGGUUAUCAUUUCCUACACCGAAGCGUGGUAAACCGGUGCAAACAAGAACUCAAAUAUAUCUGUAUCGGUGUUAUAUUGAAAUGUUGGAACUGGUUUGCCUCCCGGCUUAGGGAACGCGGUGACCCUGCGGACUCCCUGGGAAUACAGAAUCGAGACUUAGGAUCUUCGGCUCUACCAAGGGAAUAAGUUACGAUGAAUAAUAAAAUAAAAGCCUUACUACAUUUAGUGGCUGUAUACCUACGCGUGUUGUGAUAACAUUUUCUUGUUAUUAUUUUAGACCUAUUUAUAUUAAUGACAGAUUUAUACAAGAAGAUCUUCUAGAAUAGAAGUAGUCGAGUGUAUCCAGAAGAAAACUGUUUUCUUUGUAAAAAUUUCUUUAUGAGCAAUAAUAAAAUCAUUAAACAAA